CUCUGUCUACUUUCAUAGUAUAGAGUAAUACGACUGCCCUGAGGAAGAGGUUCAUUCUAACAACCUCUCUUAAUUUCCCUCCUCUCCCAGUUUGUUGCCUUGGUUGUCUCUAACCUUGGACCAGUUGGUGAAGAAAAUGACAUGGACUCUUUAUACCAGCCAGAUUCCAUUUACAAGCGUGUGUCUUGUUCCAAGUCACAGGCAUUUGGUGAUGAAAACAAUGAGAACUCUUUCAGCAAGUCAAACUCUGUGUCCUCGAAGUCUGUUUCUUUGUCAGACAUUAACUGUGGUCUAGUUGGUGAAGAAAACAACAUGGAUCCCUUCUUCCAGACAGGCCCCCUUUAUGUAAAGGUGAAUACCCUACAAGGGAAAAAAAUGGUUGAGAGCGGUCUGCAGUCAGGAGACUUCUCCCUGCCAGAGGCCCUGUCCCUGUGUGCCCCCCCGCAAUCUGACCUGGAAAACGUGCUGCAGAAAGUGACAGGGGUUCAGAGGGACCUAGAGGACUUCAAACAGGACACCCUGCAGGCCAUUCGCCGACUGGAGGAUGCCUACUGUGAGAUGAGCAGAGCUCUGGCCCAGCAGGAAGAACAGACUGGCAGGGUCAAACAGCGGCUGCGGGAGGAGGAGGACAGGGGCAUCGUACGCAAUAAGGUCCUCACCUUCCUGCUCCCCAGGGAGAAGCAGCUGCGGGAGCACUGCAGAUGGCUAGAGCAUAUGUUGACCAAGUCUGGGGGCCAUGAGGGACACAGAUCCGCCAAGAAGAUUCCAGGGAAUUGAACUGAGCUGGGAUUGAGCUGUCCUCAUGAGGUCUGGAGUAGCAGAGCCAUAAUAAUUAAGAACUAAAGUGCUUUUCUGGGGAAAACCAAAACAAACAAAACCCAAAAAAAAAAACAAGAACAUCUAUAAACUCCAAUCCAAACUCUUCCCUGCCCCAACUUCCUGGCAUUUCUUCCUGGCACAGAAUAGUACUUUAUCCAGUCGAGUCUGGGGGGAAAGAUGCAGAAUAAUAUAAUAGUUAAUUGUGA